AUGUCCUCCCCUAGGCCGCCUUGCGUCUACAUGAAGCCAACCUUUUGGAAAGUCCUUGCUCUGGCAUGUGUGGUUGCGAGUGCGAUUGAAAGCAGUGAUUGUGAAAGUGACCCGGGCGAGGAUGACACUUCUGCACUGAGCCUUGCGAUGCGGCGGUUUGGAGGAGACACAGACCAGGUCCGCCCAAUUCCAAUUAGUGAGGGCCUUGCGACGUGCAAGGGCGAGCACCAUCGUGGUGAUCACUGCAUCUUUCCAUUCAUACUCGAUGACGUGACCUACACGACGUGUACCUCCUAUGGCCAUCCAGGCAAGCAGUGGUGCGCUACCGAAGUAAACCACGAGGGCAGGGUGAAGAGGGGAAUGUGGUGCUCGGAAGAAUGUCCGCAGGAUCGCCGUAACGCCAUAGAGGCAUGCAAAGCCGUGUCUAUGAAGCCGGGGCGCUGCGGGGCCAAGAACAAACAUGACACAGAAGCGUGCUUGGUGAAUGCAUGUCCAGCAAGAUGCAAGAACCAAAGUACUUUCCCUUACCCUGGAGCAUCACCUUCGUACUCUGCAUUGACCGGAUUUCCAGCCAUGAACGAUGGUAUCCUGAAGAAGCAGCUGCACGCUGUGCACACCUUAAAGAACUUUGCUCCGGGUUUCACGAGAACACCGGAGUACUUUGACCUGUUGCACAGCACGCUCACCUACAUUUGCUGCAAGACGGAGACUGAGGUAGCAGCGUAUCAACAAGCACUCAGCUCUUUCAAGUUCAGCUGGCGGGAUGUUGGAGCUGUGGAGUGGAAGGAAGUGGGAUGCAGCUUGGAUGACCUCACAGAUCCAAGCAUCAUUUACUUGGAGGCCUUCGUGCCAAAACAAACCAACGAGAAGCUGAUGCGCUUCGCUCACGGACUGGAAGAGCACAUGGCCAAGCUCGGAUUUGCCGACUCGAAUCCACGAGCUAUUCCUUUUCAUUUUGUGAUCAGCAUGCUCCCCGUGCAGCUGCCGGGUGGUCCAGCGCUCAACGCCGGCGACGCAAUGAAGGCGCUCUCCAAGUUCGACUUCGGUACCACUUACUUCUGUGAGUUCUACUUUCUUGGCCUGCCUUGCCUCGGCUUGCCUUGGUGCCCGAACACCCAGGACCAUGGAGAUCCGGCCUUUGGCCUAACGGUGGUAAAGGCCACGGACUGGGACGACUGCCCUUACGGAAAGGAUGCGGCUGGGAAGACAAGCUACAUGACCCUUGGAGGGAUCCGAAUUAUGGUCAAGGUGGUUCAGAAUCGCUAG